CAUGAAUUGCUAUAAAAGAGAAACCGAUGAGCCUAAACCCUAAGUUGUGUUAAUUAUCUUUGUAAGUUAUCUGAGUUUUAGUAUCUAUACUUGUAACUGCUACGUUUUUUGCAUCACUAGCUCCAUGAAUAUGCAUGGAGAACUCAUGGGAAACGAAAAGUCUGAUGUUUUGCAUGCUGAGAGAAUGUAUUUAUUCCACUCAGGUAUAGUGAUGCAAUAUAUUUACUGAAGCGGCUGCUAAAGUGCUUCACUUGUGAUGGUAGAAGAGGAUACUGGACACUAAGGUUAUCAAUUGACUUAGAGCAAAUGGGCUAUCUGAAUGAGAGCCUUUCAGUUGCCGAAAAUGGGUUACUAGAUCAAUGGGUACGUGCUGGUUCAAGAGUGGCACUUCAAAGGAGAGUCCUUCGCUUAGGAAAACCACCAAGGCGAUGGAAAACACCUAGUUUUGCAGAGUCUGUCAAGAGGAAGAUUGUCGAGGUUCAUGUACAAGGGAGACCUCUAAAUUCGGUGAUUGGUAUGAAGAGCAGGUUUUAUGGAGAAGAUGGAGAGCAAUGUGGGGUAGAGCAGCUAGCAUUGCAGCAUUAUGCUGGGGAAGGGUGGCAGGGUGUUCAUUCAGAAAGUGGCAUUUGGUUGACUAUUUUUGGGCUUCUUAUGUGGGAUAUUAUAUUUUCUGAUAUACCAAAUGUUUUCCGCACCAGAUUUCAGAUUGCUCCCUUGGAUUUGCAAACUGAUAGCUUUUAUCUGGUGAGAAAGAGCCAUAUGGAAUCUCACUUACAGAAAAUUCAUGAUGGCAUGGCUGAGGAGAUCCUCAUCACUUCAUGGGAGUUACACGAAGGAACAUCAUGCAGAGGAGUUAAUUGGGACCGUCAUUCCCUGUCCGAGCUUCGAGCAGCUGUUACGUGCAUUGGUGGCCCUUGUUUGGCCUCAUUCUGUCGACAUCUAGCACAAGAUUAUCGCAGCUGGUCAAGCGGAAUGCCAGAUUUACUGCUGUGGCGCUUCCAUGGGAAAUACAAAGGUGAAGCCAAGCUUGUCGAAGUUAAAGGCCCCAGGGAUAGACUCUCUGAACAGCAGCGAGCAUGGCUGCUGCUUUUCAUGGACUGUGGGUUCAACGCUGAGGUCUGUAAAGUGAUCCCUGUCUUGUGAAGCUAAUAUGCUGCUUUGAUCUUUAAUUGGAAGCAUGUAAUCAUGAUGUUGAAGAUUUGGUGUUCAAUUGGAAGCAUGUAACAUGGACUUUGAAGAUGCAUGAAAGACCAACUGGAAAUAAUUUUCAAGGAUUUGGAACGCAGGAGUUUAUCGGUCAAUCACCAGAGUAAUUAUGGGACAAUGUUAGGAGUAGAAGAGCCCAAUGCAGCAUGGAAAGAAGUUGAUUAUGAUUGUUACGUAGGUCCCAGUUGAUCUUUCUCAGGUGGGAUAGACGCUUUUUCCUGCAGAUAUGGAAAUGAUGGGCAUUGUGCGAGUUGUUGGAUGACAUUAGAAGUCAUGUCCCCAGGCACGUAUGCUACUCCAUUUACUUGGACUUAUUUUUUUAGAAAACGGCCAUUUAUCAAUUUUUAUGAGACGUUUCUGGGGAUAAUUUUCCCGGAAAGUGGAGGAAUGGUUCACAAUGUUGUUGCAUUCAUUAUUGAGAAGCAGGCAGCAGGUGAAAUACUUGUAUGUGGCUCUCCUUUGGCAGUAGAGGAGUUGAACCACAUCUUUGUACAAUGCAUCUCUAAUAAAGUGGUUUUUCCUCUAGA